AUGGAAAACCAGCUGUGGCAGGGCACGUUGGGGUGCUGCAAUCAAUACCAAGAAAGCUCCCAGGAUGCUGAGGACAUCCUAUUCCUGCUGCUGGGUCUCAUCAUUCUUGUCAACAUCAGCAUCAACGUGACAACUGUGGUGUGGCAUGGGAUCCAGAAUGCCUUAGACAAGAUGAUCUGUUGGAUGUGUGAGAGAAAUGAAGUCCAGGCUACAGAAUGUGCCCCCACAGGGCCCCCAGCCAACGUCCAGGACGUCCACAUCCAUUGUGUCCUGGACCCUGUACAGGUGAAGAUGGCACAACCCACACACUGCUCCUCUUCCUCCUACCACUAUCUCCGUCAGCGCUAUAGCAGCAGGCGCCGCCGCAGGCGCUGCCGCAAUCGCCUUCACCACCACCAGCAGAGGUUUCCAAACAAUAGGCAGCUCGCCCGUGGCUGCCCACCCUUCCGUAAACAACCUCAAAGCUACAAGCCGUCACAGCCGAGGCCACUGCCCUUUUUUGACCUGGAAGACCGGGAUUCCCUUCCGGAGGAUGACCAGUCCUGUCCGCAUCCCAAACACCCGCACAGGGGCUGGCGAGGUUUUUAUAAGCCAAUAGGUCGGGCUUCCAAAGUGGGACUGUGGGGCCGCCAGGGAGGAAUCCUGGCCAGCCUCCCGCUACCCUCUCUCUACCUGUCACCGGAGCUGCGCCGCUUGCCCAAGCGGGUAGAAGCCAAGUCAGAACUGAGGCUACAGGCUUUCGGUCCCCGUUACUCACAGUCCCGGAUUUGGGGUAACGUGGAAGCUGAGCAGUGGGCCUCCUCGCCACCACCUGCCCGCCGGCUGCUUCCUAGUCCUUCCUGGGUCACUGUGGGCUACAGCCCUUUCCCUUCAAGGGGCCACAUACCGCCUGAUGCGUGGGAUCAGCGACGGCGUGGGGUAGAAGGCUCUGAGGCACCACCGGCCUCUGCAUGCAGGAACCCCAGGCCAGAGGCCCAGGGGUACCGGGAGCACAACUCCCCACAGGCCCACCGGCAGAACUUCCCUAGCUAUACUCACAGCCAACCCACCUACAGCCCACCGCAGUCCUUAGGACACAUGGGUUACAGCUCCAGGGAAUCUCAUGAGGUCCGUAGGCGGGCAGCUCAUCCGCUGACCACUUCCACCUCCCUCACAGUAUUGGGCGAGGCUUCAUACCAAAGGGCUCCAGCUGCCGGGUCGGGCUUGAUGAUGCCUCACUCCCCCCAGCCCUUGCCUGAAGUGCAGGCUUCCGAUCCAGCCCCACCUCCAACCACCUUUGUUCCGCUCAGUCGGAAUCCAGGUGGCAAUGCCAGCUACCAGGUGUAUGACAGCCUGGAGCUGAAGAGGCAGGUGCAGGAGAGCAGAGGGCGGGCCAGCUCCCUGCCACCACCUUCCACCUCAGCUUCAAGGCCCUCUCUGCACAGAAGUCGGACAGGGAAACUUAACUGA